CGUCAUUUAUUCCGCGUUGGCCUGGACGUGGCACAAGGAGGAGCUGUCUCCCCCCCCCCAGCUGAUCCUGAUCUCCAUGUCUCUGCCGGUCUAACCCUUGCCCGGGUCUAACCCUUGCCCGGGUCUACCCCUCAUCGUGUGUCUGCGGGUCUACCGCUAGCCCGGGUCUUCCCUAACCCAGCAGCUUUGUUCCUCCCGCUGCGGAACCGGGACUUCGUUAAAAUGGGUCUCACCAUCUCGUCGUUGUUCUCCAGGUUCUUCGGGAAGAAGCAGAUGAGGAUCCUGAUGGUCGGUUUGGACGCAGCUGGAAAAACAACGAUCUUGUACAAACUGAAGCUCGGAGAGAUCGUCACCACCAUUCCAACAAUCGGUUUUAAUGUGGAGACGGUCGAGUACAAGAACAUCUGUUUCACAGUUUGGGACGUUGGCGGUCAGGACAAGAUCCGUCCUCUGUGGAGACACUACUUUCAAAACACACAGGGUCUGAUCUUUGUUGUGGACAGCAACGACAGAGAGAGAGUAGCAGAGUCUGCUGAGGAGCUCUCUAAGAUGAUCCAGGAGGACGAGCUGAAGGAGGCGGUUCUUCUGGUUUUUGCCAACAAACAGGAUCUUCCAAAUGCGAUGGGAGUCAGUGAACUCACUGACAAACUGGGUCUGCACAGCCUCCGCAGCAGAACUUGGCACGUCCAGGCCACCUGUGCCACUCAGGGAACUGGUCUGUAUGAGGGUCUGGACUGGCUGUCCAAUGAGCUGUCGAAGCGCUAGACCACCUGACGGGAACCGGGGAGCAGCAGACGGACGUCAUCGACGAUGUCAUCGGGCGAUGUCAUCGGGCGACUUGUGUACAAAGUGAUGAAGAGGAGGAGGAACAUUUACCUGAACAGUUUUUUUGUUUUUUAAUUAUUCAUGUAUCGUCUGUAAGAGGAAGUGAUGUCAUGGACUCUGAGCUCUUCUUCUGUGCUUCCUGUUAUAUUUGUUUUUCACUUUUAAUCUGCAUGUGACGGGAAAUGAUGAAAAGGAGGGGUGGGGCUUAUCACAGGUCAGUGUGCCUGUGGGUGGGGUUUGUGAUGGGUAGGUGUACCUGUGGGCGGGGUUAACUUUAGGUGAAAGUUUCCUGGGGGAGGUUCAACCAUAGGUAAGUUUUCAGGGGGCGGGUCAACGACAGGUGACAGUUACCUGUGGGGAGGGGCGUGGGUUGACAACAGGUUGACAGCUUCCUGGUCGAUGACGCAUUCCACUGAGCUGAACCUGAAGGCCUCGUCAUUCUUUGAAAAAGCAGCAACGAUGAUGCAAUAAAGUUUUUUUCCUUGUCA